AUGGAGUUCUUGUGUGAGUUCCUUUUUACCCCCCUGUCUACUUCUGGGCUGGUCUUCCUGUUUAGUCUUGCAGCUAUCGCUCUGUUGCAUUUGAACACUAGGCCCAAACCACUGCGUCCACCUUCAGACCUCAACCAGCAGAGCAUUGGCAUAGCGGGUGGGGCUAGAAAAGCAGCACUCAUGAAAGAUGAUAACUUGAUGUCAUACUUACACGAGGAUGCCAAAACUCUAUAUGAGGUUUUCCAGAGAGGGCUACGUGUCUCAGGAAAUGGGUCCUGUCUGGGGUACAGAAAGAAGGGGCAACCUUAUCAGUGGCUUAAAUACAAACAGGUUUCAGACAGAGCUGAAAACUUGGGAUCUGGACUCAUCCACAGUGGCCUAAAACCAUCGCAAGAAUCGUUCAUUGGCAUCUUUGCCCAAAACAGACCAGAGUGGAUUAUCUCUGAGCUGGCUUGCUAUACUUAUUCCAUGGUGGCUGUGCCUCUUUACGACACCCUGGGACCUGAAGCUCUUGUGUUCAUCAUUAAUAGAGCAAAUAUAUCCACAGUGCUGUGUGAUAAGCAAGAUAAGGCAGAAAUCCUGUUGGCUAACAGUGAGAAAAACCUCACGCCUGUGCUGAAAACCAUCAUCCUCAUGGACCCUUUUGAUGCUGCAUUAACUGAGAGAGGCUCGAAGAUUGAAGUGAAUGUUCUGUCCCUGAAAGAUGUAGAGGCCUUGGGAAAAAACAACCAUCAGAAGCCAGUUCCACCAAAACCAGAAGACUUAAGCAUUAUUUGCUUCACAAGUGGAACCACUGGUGAUCCAAAGGGAGCCAUGCUUACCCACGAGAAUGUGGUUUCAGACGCAGCUGGUGUGGUUAAGGUUUUUGAGAGCGUUUUCAUCCCGGUUACAUCUGACGUGUCCAUCUCGUUCCUGCCGCUGGCUCACAUGUUUGAGAGGGUGGUACAGACAGUGUUAUAUGGUGCUGGAGGAAGAGUUGGCUUCUUUCAAGGUAAUAUCACACUUCUCCCAGAUGACAUGAAAGCACUACAACCCACCGUAUUUCCAGUGGUCCCACGUCUUCUGAAUCGUAUUUAUGAUAAGAUCCAGAGUGAAGCCAUGACACCGCUCAAGAAAUCUAUUCUGAACUUUGCCAUCGAGAGGAAAGAUGCCGAGGUGAAGCAGGGGAUCAUCAGAAACGACAGCAUAUGGGACAAACUCAUCUUUAAAAAAGUGCAGGCGUCUCUGGGAGGCCGUGUGAGAGUGAUGGUGACCGGGGCGGCACCCAUCUCUCCUUCUGUGCUCCGUUUCCUCAGGGCAUCACUCGGGUGUCAGAUUUUCGAGGCAUAUGGCCAGACAGAAUGCACCGCUGCCUGUUCUUUCUCCAUGCCUGGUGACUGGACCACUGGACAUGUUGGAAUUCCUAUUCCAUGUAAUACUGUGAAACUUGUUGAUGUCGAGGAAAUGAAUUACUUUGCAUCCAACGGCGAAGGCGAGGUUUGCGUAAAAGGAAAAAAUGUGUUUCGUGGAUACCUCAAUGACCCGGAGAGGACAGCAGAGGCUCUGGACAAAGAUGGUUGGCUGCACACUGGAGAUAUUGGCAAAUGGUUGACGAGUGGAGUCUUGAAGAUUAUUGACAGAAAGAAGAAUAUCUUUAAACUGGCCCAAGGCGAAUACAUUGCACCGGAAAAGAUCGAAAACGUUUACAUUCGCAGUGCUCCCGUUGCACAAAUAUUUGUGCAUGGUGACAGUUUACAGUCCUGUUUGGUGGCCAUAGUGGUGCCAGAUCCUGAGGUGUUACCUGGUUUCGCGGAAAAGCUGGGAGUGAAAGGUUCACUAGCGGAGCUGUGUAAAAAUCAGGACGUUAAGAAAGCCAUCAUUUCUGACCUCGUCAAGCUGGGACGUGAAGCAGGGCUGAAGUCCUUUGAACAAGUAAAAGAGCUGCACCUUCAUCCAGAGAUGUUCUCUAUAGAAAACGGUCUCCUCACUCCAACACUGAAAGCCAAAAGGGCUGAUCUCUCUAAAUACUUCAAACUUCAGAUAGACGGUCUUUACGGUAAUAUGUAAUGCACUAAAAAAAGAUAGCUUCAGGUUUUUGUGUAUAGUUUCACUCUUCAUAGAGUUCACUUAACGCACAUAACUUCCAAGAUACCCUGCAGUAUGACACUGUUUUACAUAUUU